AUGUCGAGGAACAAUCCUACAUAUCAAACUCAAACCCCCUGCGAGUCUGGUCAAAUCCCUCAAUACACUCAAUAUCAGCAACCACAAAGUAACCAGCAACACUUUCAAGCAUAUCAACAAUCCACCUACCAAGAACAAACAUACCAGCAAGAUCCAUAUACCCAAUCCUAUUCCGCACAGCCCCAAACCCAACAAUUCGCCUAUCAAAAUCCCUCUUACCAAAAUGGCCAGUACCAGCAAACCACAUAUCAAAACACUUCGACUACGUGGGCUCCACAAUACAACCAGCAACAAGAAUUCCAAACACAAUAUCAAACCGUGCAGCCGACACAGCUUACACAGCAUUCGCUUCAAAGUUUGCCUGCUCCUGGAAGAGACAAUGUGAAUGUGUAUUUGCGCGAUGAUCAGAAUUUCGAGAGGGUACCGCAAGGAUUAGAAACGAGACGUGAACCUGGAAUCCAAGAAUGGGAAAGAGGAUGGAAUGCUGCGGGGCGCAGAUGA